AUGGUCUUCUUACUCCCUUCGACGCCCACAACUCGCUUCGCUCCGGUGUCUGCUACGGCGAGCCUCGCGAGCAGCGCCGCCCUCCGCCUGCACCAGCCUCACGUCCAUGAGCCUGGCGGCCUGAGCGCCUCGUCGCGGGUUGUCCUCCUCGGAGCCUGUGGGAAUGUUGCUCUGGCGGUGCUCAAGACGGGUGUGGGGGCGCUCUCUGGGAGCGCCGUUCUGCUGGCCGAUGGAUACCACAGCACGGGCGACCUGGUCGUCGACGGCGUCUCUUUUCUUGGCGUCCGAGCGCCCGCCUUCGAGCUCGCCUGCACGCUCGGGAUCGCCGCCCUCCUCUCCUCCGCCGGAGCCGCGAUGAUGCUCUCUGCCUGCCAGCCGCUCCUUCUGGCGCUUCCGUGGGCGGGGCCGUCGGCCGGCGCCACUGUCACCACCACGUCUGGCUUUAUUGGCACGCAGCACGUGGACGUGCACCCUCAAGUGUGA